AUGAUGGAGUCCUGCGGCAGCCUGUUCUCAUCGCUUUUCUGGCACCCCAAGUGAGUGUUGCGGAUAGGAACCAGAUUAAUGACGGUUCAGGUUUCCCAAAUGAAAGCCCGUAACACACAGCUUUGUCCACAUGAAAAUAUUGGACCACCAGGGACCAGACAUCUUACAAGCAGGAUGCUGAGGUUAUGAUGCCAGAGCCAGGUAAACUAUGGAAACUAUGGUUGUUAGCCAGGUAAGCGGUGGUUGUUGUCAGCACGUGUUGAUGUGUCUCUCUGUGUUUAAAAAAAUAACAUUGGCCCCAUUGCAGCUUCUUGCAUGAGUAAAAUGUAUUGUUGUCAACUUUUUUCAAGCUGUGUGGUCCUUUGUGGACCUUUUAAUUAGCCUAACUGUUUAUUUUCCUUUUUCAGUAAACGGAUUUCCCGCUCCAACUAUAGGCUAUUUCUUAAAAACCCGUUAGCCUAGUUACCGUUGCUAACCAUUAUUUAUUUAUUUUUUAGAAUGAAGGAAGUCACUCUGAAUAGCUCAGGAAUGUCUCUCCUUCCUGUACUUUGUAAGUAGGCUAUCAGCCAAGUUUAAACUUUUAUAAUCAUCUUGGCAAUUAGAUCAUAGAUCUGCAGGCUAAAAUGUAAUACCCAGUGCCACAUAGGCUUAGCCUAAUUUACUAUAUGUCUGAGUUUUGGUUAUCAGGUCCAAGCCUUAUUAUGCAUAAUGUCUUGUCAAAUAUCUGUUCUAGUGUUGAGUACACUGGUGGCCUAUCCAUCAUCAGGUGAGAAUAAUUUAAAUACCACACACUCUUCAUUUUUAGACCAUGAAUCAUAUUCCAGAUCAAGUUGUCUGAUGUAGCAAACUGUCUCAGCCCAGGCACAACUGUCCUCUGUGGUACUGAAGGCUAACCCAUGCCUACUCCUGGUCCAGGGAGAGGUUCUGACCCUCGCCUGGCUGGGCUGGUACCAGGGAACCAUAAUAACAGGGAACCUCCCCUACCGACCCCUGCACCUGCCCUGACAUACAGCAUCGUGAGAGAGAACGUGACUGUGGCCAGUGGGUCCCAUGUUCUGCACAUAGACAAGAUAACUCAGAGCCAGUCUGGCAGAUGCAGGUGUACUGUUACUGACCACACAGGUGCACAGAGACACAGCAGAGAGGUGCAGGUUACUGUGGAAAGUGAGAACGCAGUGGGGGGAUCCUAAUGUAGACUUUAGGUGUGGCAGACUGGGCACUGUCUUGAAAUAUACACUUUGGGUGCUUUGCCAAAACAUAGCCCACUGUUUGUUGAAAUUCUAGGCUUCUGCAUGUGUUCACAGAGGUUCUACUGACGCCCACUCUGAGCGUGGAGCCUUCAGGACGACAGGUGUACACUGAGGACACAGUCACCUUGGCGUGUCAGUUACCUGGCCACUCAGGGCUGGGCUGGCAGUUCUACUGGCACAAAAACAGGUGUGACCUCCGGCUCCCUCUUUAUGUUGCUUCUCUGAUGGUUUAUAAUGGAGGUUGGGAGGUGUGAUAGAUUUCAGUUCAAUCUAAUAGAAUGUGGGUGUCAGGCUACAUGUUGUAUCCAUCACGCCCUGAGUGAUUAUAGUAAAACAUGGCACUGGAUUACUGUGUACAUGAACUGGAAUAUACUGACAAGUGGAACGGACUAAUGUUCAUAACACUAUAUUAGGCAGGACACAGGCCCUGUGGAGCAGCUGUGGGCUAGUGCUGGAGGCGGUGGUGGAGGUGGGGCGGUCUACAGAAUGUGGCGUGCCUCUGUCACACACACAGGCCAAUACUGGUGCAGAGCAGGGAGAGGACAGCCAGUCUUCUACACCCAAUACAGCCAGGCAGUCUCUGUUAAUGUCAUUGGUGAGGGGAGAGUGUAGCACAUGAGUAAUGGGUGUCUUGUCUUGCAAGUGGUGUCAUGCUCUUUUUCAUAGAUUACUUGAAAAGCCCCACUCAUUACUCUAGCUCUUGUCAGUGACAGUUGGAAUAUAUUUCACUUCUCUAGUUCUUUGUAAUCUAUCAUUUUCUCAACUUCCUCCUCUAAUCAAUCUGUGUGAUCAAUAUGCUCUCCAGAGCGCUUCAAAUCAGUGACUUUGUCAGCAUCUCCUUCGACCGUGGUCAAAGAGGGCCGGCGCUUUCAACCUCACCUGUGAGGUCCAGCUUAGCGACAGCAAACUGAGCCAACAUCAUGGUAACCACGGUCUACAUAGUCACCCUGAUCCUGACCGUAACCGGACCACAGUGGUUGUAACAUUCUCCUUCCUGAGGGACGGCUGGCCGGUGGUCAGGGACUCUGUCAGUGGGCUGUACAGCGUGGCGAGGGCUUCUAGCUGUCACAUGGGGACCUACAGCUGUGUGGUCAGAGCAGGCAGGGCCAGGAGGAGCAGCCAGGAGAUCAGCAUCACACUAGACAGUGAGUUCAUACUGUAUCACCUGAAAGUUUAGUUUGCCAAUUGCCAUAGGUUGUCAUUCCUCAUUGCUGGUCUGAAAUCAUGUUAAUUAUUCUGGUGCCAAAACUGCCAAUCUUUACCAUUCACUUUGUAUCCUGAUCUCUCUCAUGCUGCCGUCAUCCAGACCUGUCUCUGAUACUGGUCACUGGUUUUUUGUGAGACUAUACGUGAUGAGACGUAAGCGGCAGCAUAGUGGAUCUCAGUCUGACUCUUGACUCUCUGGGACUGAGUCAGUUCAACACCUAUCUCUUCUUUUUGUGUGACCAUGCAGUAUGGCAGCUCAGAGGCAGAGGACAAGGAGAAUUGCAGUGCAAUGAGCGCAGUACAAUACAGGGACCAAAAUGAGAGGGAGGACAGGUGAGACGUGUUGUGAGAACCCAUGUAGCUCACAUGGCUGUAUUAGUGCACAGAUAUAGGAUCUUAAUUUGAUCAGACGUUUUAUUGUAAUCUUGCAGAUGUAUUUGGACCCAGCUGACUUGAGCAACUUUCUAUCGUUUAUUACAACAUUGAAGGGUAGAAUAAUAAACAUAAAAUUAUUUGGAGAAUUUUGACCGAAUAAUGUUUUCGUUUUAUUUUCACCACAAUGUGGCACUCAAAUAAUACAUUGAUUCGACACAGCAACAUUCCUGUAUUUUCAAAUAGAGCCAACUCUUUUCUCAUAACACAUAAAGUUCCAUAUUUUUAAAAGAAAUAACUGCCCACCACCAGUUGAUUAAAAGUGAGUGACCCUCAACAGUAAAAGGCAAGCUAUAAUAUGUUUGCCCUUCUGUUCCAUUUGGUGGUGAACUGUUAGACCUAAAGUGUCAUAUGAUGAAUGAGCCAAGAUCUGAGAAUUGCAUUAUGUCUCCAAAUAUUUUGAAGGGUAAGUUCAGGAAUGGGGUUCAGAUGAGCUAAGUGUCAAUAGGUCAGAAGUCAGGGGAACUUUGAUGCCCAACUUGACAAGGGAGUACUGUUUAUGGGCAGAGACAGGGAAAGAGGGAGAGACAGAGGGAUACACUGCUUGACUUAAACAUUUUUUGCCACUUGUCCUUCAGAUAAGUAGGACAGAUUCUUUACUUGUCUGAAAGCUCAAGUCAUUUGUCCCCCCCCCAAAAAAAAUUGGUCUGUAACACAAUGGGCCAAAAAGGUAAUUGAAAAUUGUACUAAAUACAAUUAAUUGUUAUAGUAUUUGGUUGUAAUUGUAGGCCUAAUGUUGCAAUAUUUUAUAGGCCAUGAAGAGUUUAUUUUCUUUGUCAACUAGGCUAUUCUAUAUUUUGAAGUUGUGAGAAUGACAUGGCCAGUGUUGAAUAGAGGGGAAUCCCAGCUUUCCAACAGUGGCAUAAUAAUUUUUCUGAUCCCAAUAUUCAGCGCUGGAGAGACGGUUUUACAACCAGAGUAUGUAGCAUUGGUUUAUUAAAGGUGGAAUCUGCAGUAGGGGGGAAAAGGCACCACUGGCCGCCCCACCACCGUUGUUAUAAUUUUUGUUGUCAAGCUUAUGGUCACGCAUCACUUUACACGUACCUACAUGUACAAAUUACCUCGACUAACCUGUACCCCCGCGCAUUGACUCGGUACCGGUACCCCCUGUAUAUAGCCUCGUUAUAGUUAUUUUAUUGUGUUACUUUUAAUAUUAAUUUGAACUGCAUUGUUGGUUAAGGGCUUGUAAGUAAGCAUUUCACGGUAAGGUCUACACCUGUUGCAUUCAGCGCAUGUGACAAAUAAGAUUUGAUUUGAUGGUUUAAAAAAAAAAACGGACACAUUAAGGAUUCCAGCUUUAAGGCACCCGUUCAUCAACUGCUUGUCGGUCAAUGUUAAUGUGAAAGCGUUAGCUGGCGAGAUAACUAGCCAGGCUACACGAUAUGUAGUUAGUUGUUAUGUAGUUAUCUAAUUAGUCUGUUGCAUAUCAUUAUUGUACAGUGAGGGGAAAAAGUAUUUGAUCCCCUGCUGAUUUUGUAUGUUUGCCCACUGACAAAGAAAUGAUCAGUCUAUAAUUUUAAUGGUAGGUUUAUUUGAACAGUGAGAGACAGAAUAACAACAAAAAAAUCCCCCUCUCAAUCAGAAAGAUUGCUGGCUCCCAGGUGUCUUUUAUACAGGUAACGAGCUGAGAUUAGGAGCACACUCUUAAAGGGAGUGCUCCUAAUCUCAGCUUGUUACCUGUAUAAAAGACACCUGUCCACAGAUGCAAUCAAUCAAUCAGAUUCCAAACUCUCCACCAUGGCCAAGACCAAAAAGCUCUCCAAGGAUGUCAGGGACAAGAUUGUAGACCUACACAAGGCUGGAAUGGGCUACAAGACCAUCGCCAAGCAGCUUGGUGAGAAGGUGACAACAGUUGGUGCAAUUAUUUGCAAAUGGAAGAAACACAAAAGAACUGUCAAUCUCCCUCAGCCUGGGGCUCCAUGCAAGAUCUCACCUCGUGGAGUUGCAAUGAUCAUGAGAACGGUGAGGAAUCAUCCCAGAACUACAAGGGAGGAUCUUGUCAAUGAUCUCAAGGCAGCUGGGACCAUAAUCACCAAGAAAACAAUUGGUAACACACUACGCCGUGAAGGACUGAAAUCCUGCAGCGCCCGCAAGGUCCCCCUGCUCAAGAAAGCACAUAUACAUGCCCGUGUGAAGUUUGCCAAUGAACAUCUGAAUGAACUGGGUGAAAGUGUUGUGGUCAGAUGAGACCAAAAUCGAGCUCUUUGGCAUCAACUCAACUCGCCGUGUUUGGAGGAGGAGGAAUGCUGCCUAUGACCCCAAGAACACCAUCCCCACCGUCAAACAUGGAGGUGGAAACAUUAUGCUUUGGGGGUGUUUUUCUGCUAACGGGACAGGACAACUUUACCGCAUCAAAGGGACGAUGGACGGGGCCAUGUACCGUCAAAUCUUGGGUGAGAACCUCCUUCCCUCAGCCAGGGCAUUGAAAAUGGGUCGUGGAUGGGUAUUCCAGCAUGACAAUGACCCAAAACACACGGCCAAGGCAACAAAGGAGUGGCUCAAGAAGAAGCACAUUAAGGUCAUGGAGUGGCCUAGCCAGUCUCCAGACCUUAAUCCCAUAGAAAAUCUGUGGAGGGAGCUGAAGGUUCGAGUUGCCAAACGUCAGCCUCGAAACCUUAAUGACUUGGAGAAGAUCUGCAAAGAGGAGUGGGACAAAAUCCCUCCUGAGAUGUGUGCAAACCUGGUGGUCAACUACAAGAAACGUCUGACCUCUGUGAUUUCCAACAAGGGUUUUGCCACCAAGUACUAAGUCAUGUUUUGCAGAGGGGUCAAAUACUUAUUUCCCUCAUUGAAAUGCAAAUCAAUUUAUAACAUUUUUGACAUGCGUUUUUCUGGAUUUCUUUGUUGUUAUUCUGUCUCUCACUGUUCAAAUAAACCUACCAUUAAAAUUAUAGACUGAUCAUUUCUUUGUCAGUGGGCAAACGUACAAAAUCAGCAGGGGAUCAAAUGCUUUAGCACAAAUGUACUAGCACAAAUGUAGGUGAUGCGCACAGCUGCACACCAUUACUUUUCUAGGAUUUUCAUGACUGUACAAACCCUGUUUGCUGACCAAAAAUUUGCUAUAACUGUGCAAAUAACUCACUAAUUAGCACGGAAUACCAACAAAUGUGCACACGCGGCUACACACAGCUCUUUGCUUUGAUCUCAAAAGCUCACAACCCGGGAUGAUUGAAAGACUCCUUCUGUCAAUUCAAUACAAUCCUACUCGAUGCGCUCUGCAGAAAUUAGGAGAACAGCAGUACAUCGUGUCCAGGGGGGACAAUGAUCCAAUUCUGAUCGGAGUAAUUGUUUAAUAUUGUGAUUUGUGCGAUUGUUUUACUUGUCCAUUCGGACAACUCAACUCUAUAUUAUUCUUGUCCAACAUUAUUUUAUUUUUUUACUUGUCCCAGACAAGGCAACAAGCGUUUAUGUCAAGCCCUGGAGAGGGAUGGAGAGACAUGCCAUAUUUACAGUCUUUCCUAGUAAGAGCCGAUGUGCGAACUGCAGUGCCUAUGUAGGUUUAUGUAACCUCCAGCCUUCAAGGCACACAAGCCUGGGUCUCGCCUGAUGUUGGCGGCUGACAGGGAAGUGUGAAGACAGGUGACGUGGCGGGGAGGAGGGUGCCUCAUGGUGGAGGUGCCAUGAGGUUAACAAAGAUACACUUUAUUUUCCCUGGUUUGAGUGUUUGCUGUCAAACCAGCAAUUACGAGUAGGGGAGUUUUGAACAGGUUUUCGAUUGCAUUCGCAAAAAUAAACCCUACCCUGAUACUUUGAUAAAUGUUGUUACCACAUUAAAUGAUGUAGUAAGUAACCAUGUGUUAGUUGUUGCUGGUUGUGAUGCUUCAGGGAUAUAUUAUGUUUCUUUACUCACACAGCUUGGCCUACAGGACAUGAGUAACUACAGUGACAUGAGUAACUUACACAGCUUGGCCUACAGGACAUGAGUAACUACAGUGACAUGAGUAACUUACACAGCUUGGCCUACAGGACAUGAGUAACUACAGUGACAUGAGUAACUUACACAGCUUGGCCUACAGGACAUGAGUAACUACGUGACAUGAGUAUUACACAGCUUGGCCUACAGACAUGAGUAACUACGUGACUAUUAACUACACAUGCUUGCCUACAGGACAUGAGUACUACAGUGACAUGGUAACUUACACGCUUGGCCUACAGGACAUGAUAACUACAGUGACAUUAGUAACUUACACAGCUUGGCCUACAGGACAUGAGUAACUACAGUGACAUGAGUAACUUACACAGCUUGGCCUACAGGACAUGAGGAACUACAGUGACAUGAGUAACUUACACAGCUUGGCCUACAGGACAUGAGGAACUACAGUGACAUGAGUAACUUACACAGCUUGGCCUACAGGACAUGAGUAACUACAGUGACAUGAGUAACUUACACAGCUUGGCCUACAGGACAUGAGGAACUACAGUGACAUGAGUAACUUACACAGCUUGGCCUACAGGACAUGAGGAACUACAGUGACAUGAGUAACUUACACAGCUUGGCCUACAGGACAUGAGGAACUACAGUGACAUGAGUAACUUACACAGCUUGGCCUACAGGACAUGAGUAACUACAGUGACAUGAGUAACUUACACAGCUUGGCCUACAGGACAUGAGUAACUACAGUGACAUGAGUAACUUACACAGCUUGGCCUACAGGACAUGAGGAACUACAGUAACUCUUACUGCUUAUUUUGAUAGCUUGAGUAAAGAAUUCAACCUUUUUUAGUAGUCAUGUUUUUCAUAAUUUUCCAGCAUUGAUGGACGUGCUUCUGUCUGUAACCUUUAUAAAGUCAUAUGGGGUGAGAGAAGGGACAGGGAGGCAGAGAGAGAGGGAAGCAGAGAGAGUGGCGAAGUAGAGAAAGAGAGUGAUUUGAGAGAGGGAAAACAGAUGGGAAGAUUGAAUUUUAGAGAGAAACAGAGCGAAAGAAGAGGAGGAGUGCAAGGCAAAUCUUUUUUGUGCGUGUCUGGAGAGAAGGGAGCCUCUUAUACCCCUCACAGCAUGAGUUUGGCCCGGGCUGCGGCCCAGUCUCGUCUGCACAGCAGGGGCCUUUCCUGAGCAGGCUGCCCAGGGGAGGGGCACCUGCUCUAGGCCCAAACACUGGCUGAGAGAAGGGUCUGGAGGGUGGGGCGGAGGGGCGAGGGGAUGGAAAGACACUCAGCAGUUCCAGGAAAUAGACAUGUGCUGGAUUUAG